AACAGGGCUGCAAAACGCGGAAACUAUACAUAACAAAAUAUUCACAUUUUCGGCUUUAAUUUUUUGUCGGAAAGGUUUUAUUUAUUAAAAGCUUGUUAGAUAAACAUGUCUCUGUCACCAGCCAGUGGCAUUGGCCGUUUCUACGCUAAGUCGGCCAAGAUCAUCCGCUUUGUGCGGCUGGGAUGCACUAACCGCCCCUUUUAUCACAUUGUCGUCAUGGAGAGGCGCAAAAACCAACACCAGCCUGUGAUUGAGCAGGUUGGCUCCUACGAUCCCCUGCCAAAUGAUCACAAUGAGCGCCUGGUGGCCCUAAAUACCGAGAGGAUUCGUUUUUGGCUAGGAAAAGGUGCCCAUCUGUCCACACCGGCUGCAGAGCUGCUGGGUAUCGCCGGUCUGCUACCAAUUCACCCGCGCACCUACAUGACCGCCUGGCGGAACCGAAGAACAGCCGCCGAGUCGGAGGCUAAUGAAGAAAAGGCGGAAACAACCGCCUGAUUAUAGAUUUUGUUAAUAAAAGGUUCGUUUCUGUUUUACUUUCAA